AUGGCAGAAGCUUCUCUUGCAUUCCCGGCAAUUUGCCUGGCCCUUUCAUUCCUCUUCGUUGUUGCCGUCUAUAAUGCUUCGAUUAUGCAGCAUCUCCGUGCCGUCCAUCGUCGUGCCAUCCUCCCCGCGUACCAACAGAUUGCGCACAAAUUCUUCAACUGUAAUCCUGGCCGCCAAAGCCCACCAAACCACAUGUCCAGGGCAGGAUACGAGCCAGUUAACCUCGAUACCAAAGAUGAAGAAGAACAACAUCCUCCACCUCCCACAACUUCAUCCAUGUCAUCACCUGACUACCAUCGAUACGCCGAUAACCCUGCUCUCGACACAGUCAAUGUAUUCCGAGAAAGUGGUAAUGAAACCCAAGUUGACGGCCACGGCUUAACCACAUCAUAUGCUGGAGGCCCAUACCGUCCGCGACACCGUCCCACCUUCGCGGAACUCGGCGAGUCCCCCACCAACAGCCCAUCCCCAAGUCCUCCUGGAUCUUCAGUGUCCUCCGACGAGUACGGCUCUGACUGGUCCAACUCCGCUGUUGACGAGGCGGUCUUCGAGCCACGGAACCCAGUCGAGCAUAUCCCCGUCUGGGAAUUCGAAGUCCAGCGUCCUAUUUAUACUAUCGACCACGAGGAACAAAGUGGACCGGUAGCCUGGUUGGAUGAUGUUGUUGAGUGGACAUCGCAGGGUGUUUUUGCCUUCGAUACACCCGAUAUCCUUGAACGACGUGGGUGA